UUAGGCCAAAACUCGUGUACACGAUAAAAUGGCGUCUGUAGCAGAACUCGCUCAGGCGCCAGAACAGCAGGUUUAUAAACUAUCAGAUUUAUUAGAUUUAGGCUGGAAAUUAUACGAAGAAUUAGAGAAAUCAAACGAGCCGACAGGAUCAGAUUCAGUCCAGAUCAAAGUGAAACGAGGAAUUAAACAUUUAGAAGAGGCGGAGAGGAUGAUGCUGCAACUCGAGCUGUUCAGCCGUAACGAGGAGCUGGACGAGAUCUCCACGGCCGAUCUGAAGUACCUGGUGUUACCUGCUCUGCUGGCAGCGUUGGUGAUGAAGCAGGUGAACAUGUCCAAGAGGCUGGAGAUCGUACAGAGAGCUCGUUCUCACUUCCUGCACUUCCUCGCCCGCUGCAAAGAUUACAACAUCAGCACCUUCCGGCUGCCCAGAGACCCUGACCACGCAGACGACACACAGCCGGGGGAGGAGCUUAACCUGCCGGGUCCCGCCCACCGAGCACAGGCGGACCUCAUCAGCAUGGCGGAGCAGAGACGGGCCAAAAUCGAGAGGUUUAAACAGCGUAAGCAGACGGAGGAGAAGCUGGCCGAGCUGAGGACGUUAGUGGAUGGAGGUUCUGUAGAUGAGGAGCUCCUGAGGGAGUUCUACCUGCUGCAGGUGCGUCGCUGGAUCUCCAUCGCUCUGGAAGAGAUCGAGUCCAUAGACCAGGAGAUCCCCAUCCUCAGGAUGAGGCACGCUCCCAAUCAGAAUCCAGAACAGAAACCCCAAACCAGACGACCCCCCAUGAAGCCCUUCAUCCUGACUAAGGACGCAGUGCAGGCCAGGGUGUUCGGCGCAGGAUAUCCCAGUCUUCCCACUAUGACAGUAAAUGACUGGUACGAGCAGCACCGGAUGAAAGGAUGUUUACCAGAUCAGGGGAUCCCACAGAGUUCAGCGGACGCGGAUGGAGAAGAGCGCGAGCGGGAGGAGAAAGAGAGGAAGGAGGAGGAGGGCGACGAAGAGGCUCUGAGGAAAGCCCGGGACUGGGACAACUGGAAGGAUUCACACCGGCGAGGAUAUGGCAACCGCAAGAACAUGGGUUAAACACGCCAAACCUACACGCCUGCACAUGUUCAGCAGCCACACACACACACACACACACACACACACACACACACACACACACACACACACACACACAGACUGAGUAAUAAAUGUUUUCACAUGA